AUGAUACAAGAUGCUACUCUUCUUGCUGACAGUAAUUUAGAAAAUGCAUAUGAACCAACUGAAACUGCAGAGCAUGCAGAAGAACAAAGAGCAAAGAGACGAAAAAUCAAUUGUCAUACCUCUAAGAAUGCCUUAUUGUAG